GGCGGCGGCGCAUGUGCAGCCGCAUGCGGCUGUUCGUGUGUGUGCUGCUGGCCAACGCCAUGAGCCACCCCGUGCUGGCAAAGACCAGCCUCACCCUCCACGACGCCGCCGUGCUGCUCUCCGCACUGGUGCUGGCGCUGCCCGGCCCCUCCCGGCACGCCGCGCAGGCCGACCCGCUGGCGCCGCUGCGGCCCCGCCGCUCCCGCAUGGCUGCUGUGGCGGCGCUGGAGGCGCUGAAGCAGCUGCUGCUGGCGGGGGGUGCGCGAGCGCUGCACAGCCUGCAGGGCCGCCCCGUCAAAUCCAAUACGCUCAACGCCGCUGUCGCAGCAGCUGCCGCCGCUGCAGCUGCCUCCGGCGCCGGCAGCACCUCCUCCCUCUCCUCCCCCUCCCUGUCCGCCCCCGCGCCGCCCGCCCCCUCCGCGCCCGGCUCCCCCGCCCGCCUGGCUCGUCUGGUGGACCACUGCAUGGACCUGCUGGCCUGGGGGGACUUCACCAGCGCGCAGGAGGUGGCAGGCGACCCGGGCAGUGCGGGUAUGGGAGCUGACGUGGCAGGGGCAGCUGCCGGAGUGGUGGGGCAGCUGGCGGUGCUGGGGGUCGUGGGUCGUUUCCCAGAGUAUGCCGCCAGCAGCAGCCGCAGCCUGGUGCGGCUGCUGGUGCUGCCCACACUGCAGGGGGCGGGUGGGGGCGGAGGGGCAGGGGGGCAGGCGGGUGGGGGCGGAGGGGCGGCACGCGGGGGGCCAGCAGCCCCCGUACCUGGCAGCGGUGCGCCCCCGGGUGUGUUGGAUGUGGCGGCGGGGCACGCGGCGGCGGCUGUGUGGGCGCUGGUGUCCAACCCGCAGUGCAGAGCCUGGGCGCAGCAGUUCCGCUCCGACCCCGCCGCACAGCGCGUGCUGCUGCUGCUGGUGCGGCGGGGCACCCGGGGCGGCACACGCGCGCGCUUCGCCACCGCCCGCCUCUUCGCGGCGGCAACCCUGGGGCAGCUGGCGGUGCAGGGCGCCAUCCCCGCCUCCUCGCUGCCCGAGCUGCUCUCCCCGGACAGCGGCCUGCCCGCGGCACUGCUG